AUGUCUAAAAUACGAAAAAAUAUUAAGUGUUUGAUAAACCAGUGGAUUGAAUCAUAUAAUAGAGAUAUUAAAAAAUUAGAGUCAUCUAAUUUACCUUUGUUUGAUGCGACAAAAAUUGUUAAUGAAACUAUUUUAAACAUGGAAAUGGUGUCCGGUAAUAAUGGAAAAAUUAUUAAAGAGAAAGUUUUUGAUUUAAUACACAAAAAUGGUGGUUUUGAAAUAUUGAAGCAGAUAUCAGAUGUUUUAUCCGGGAAAAAAGAAAGUUUUUUACCCCCAAAUUUUACACCCACGAUGAGUACUUGUAUGAAAUAUGCACCUAUAACAUCUGUGGACGUUGAAUGGUCGUUUAGUACUUACAAAAUGAUAUUAACUGAAAAAAGAACCAACAUGACCCCACAAAAUAUGGAAAUGUAUAUUGUAAUUAACUUUGAUUGGAAUUUAAUUAAAAACAUUCUCAUGUUAUUCAUCGAGUUUAUUGAGACUAAAGUAAAAAAUAAAGCGAACGGAGAUUCAAAUCCAAAAAGCCAAGAUCGACUUGACUCUUAUUGUUUGAACCUUCCGUGUCCAUUCAUGACCACCUAG